GACCGGCUGCCGCAUCUGGAAAGCUGUGUUAGAGAGCCAGGGAGAAUUGGGAAGAGCAUCAGAAGCCAUCAGGAGACUUUGGCAAAAGCCUCUAUCAGGAGACACGUGUAUAAGGCUAGGAUUUAUCUGCCUUAGUGGGAACUUAAAAAGUGUCUACGGCAAAGAGCUGGAGAAGGCAGAGCGUCAGACUGUUCCCGGCCUGCCACACCGCAAGUGCAAUUAGAAAGGGCUGAGAACCCGCAUGAGGUGUUGCAGCCCCGGUGUCCCCCUCAGUCAGGCCAAGGUUCUAAGACUGCUGCGGGUUGGAUGUUUCUGCGGCUGCCAGGCGCCGGGUGCUCGGCCAGCCCGCGGGGGCGGGUGGCCGGGCGGUGCGGGGCUGCCGGCCGAGCGCGGCGGGGCCGUGCCCGCGGUUGCCGGGGCGGCGGGGCGGGCUGUCCGCCGGAAGCACCGGCGGCCGCGGCGGCGGAUGGAGCCUGAGCCGGAGCGAGCGGAGGCGCCGCGGAGGGGCGGCGUCGCCGGGGUACUAAAGAUGGGCCGUCGAGCCCGCCAAGACCUCUUUGCAGGUGAAAAACUCAGCAGGAAGAAUUCCCCGUCUGCUUCCCUUGGAGAGGAUGAAGACUAUCAGGAAAAGGCUGACCAUGUUCCACCACCUAAGCCCCCACGCCGGCAAGGAGGCUGGGCAGAUGAUCCUGUACUGGCACCUACCAAGUCAGGAAGAAAGCAUGCAGAAGAAGUAGAAGACCAUCGUCUUAGACAGCAGAGCCUGGAGGCAUCAGAUGAUGGAGGAGACAUUCCUGUGAUCCCUGACUUGGAGGAUGUCCAGGAGGAAGAUCUGGCCAUGCAAGUGGCAGCUCCCCCCAGUGUGCAGGUGAACCGAGUGCUGACCUACCAUGACCUGGACAAAGAUCUAAUGAAAUAUGCUGCCUUCCAGACUCUGGAUGGGGAGGUAGACCUGAAGCUCCUCACCAAAGUUUUGGCUCCAGAGCAUGAGCUACGAGAGGAUGAUGUCAGCUGGGAUUGGGACCAUCUCUUCACAGAGGUGUCAUCAGAACUAGUGACUGAGUGGGACCUGGGACAGUCGGAGAGGGAGGACCACCUCAGUCUCCCAUAGAGCUCUGACACACCAGAUGUCUCAUACAUCCAUCUCCUGUAAAUAGUUAAGCACCUAGAUUUUCUAUUCACUUGUUUGUAUUUGAGAAUAUAUUUCAGACGUGAAAAUAAAUAGGACCUUGCUUCAUAGAAAAA